CUCGCACCCGCCCGGGCACGGUGGCCAUGAGGGCGGCGAGCGGCGAGCAGCCGGCGGAGGAGGCCGAGGAGACAGGCAGCGAUGGCCGCGGCGAGGCGGCGAGAGGCGGGCAGCCCUGUGAGCGCGGCGGCCCCCGGCUCGCCUCACCGCCUCACCUGGGCAGCCGCUUCCUUGCCCUUUCCCCGCCUCAGGGGAAGAAAUUUGUAUAUGUUGAGCCAUCUAGGAGAGUUAAAGAAAUCCUUCAAGAAGAGCUUUAUUUUCAGAAAGAAGAAUACCACAUUAAACAUCCAGCUGCAGUGGCUCUGGAAGGAAUUUGGAGUCUGAAAAAGAAUUUCUCCAUCGGAGGCCUGAAACCAGCAUCACAGAACAGAAAUGGUUUACUCUUACAGCCUCAGUUCUACUCAAGGCAUGCAGGAAUGAAAAGUUUCUCUGUUGCAGAGUGAUUACAAGUUCCAGCAGAAGAUCAUAAUACAUAGUUGGAGAUGCCUUAACAUUCCUUACGCUGAAUCUAUUCAUAAACCCAGCAGUUCUAGGCCAAGAGUUUGUGAUUCAAUUUCUAGCCU